GGAAAACAAGUGUUUUGAGUCGAAAGCGACCCAGCAGACUACAUAUAAUCAAUGAAGUAUACGCGCUCUAAUUUUCAGGUAUCUGCGCUGCACACCACAUAUUUAUUUAACAAAAUUUGCCAAUUAAUUUCUAGGUUUCCUGUAAAACUUCCGCUUCAUUUGCAGUGUCUCAAUUUUCAAUUAUUUUGCUGUAAACCCAUUAUUGGUGAUGAUCUUAAACCCCUCGUAUUUGGAGUGGGUUGAUCGACCCUUUUGAGUCUACGCCUUUUUACCCACUUUUUUGUGGUGCUGUUUUUAGUGAAAAACUGAGUCUUGAUCGUCCGAGGAGUCAGCUUUGUUGCUAAUGCUAAUUUAGUCGGUGAAGAUGAUGAUCAGUUAUCCAGCCCUUUCGAAGCUGAAAACUAAGCCGGUAGUAUACGAAGAUGUGAUUGCGGCUAGCGAUUCUGGCACACUCGAACAACUGAAAGAGUUGAGCUCCAAGCGUAAAGCAAUUGAGGACUCUAUCAAUGAGAGCACCUUCAUUACAGAGGCCAUUGCAAGGGAAAUGUCUGGAGGCCUCACAUCCCGUUGUGAACAGGACAUUCAGAAGCUGGAAAGCUAUCUACCUCUGUUGGAGAACCUCAUUCAUCACAUCAUUUUUAACGCCAGAAACCGUCAAGUAAUGUACUGGAUUACUGAGUUUAAACUGAGAUGGAGCAGUGUGCUUUCCAUGCCGUCUCUUUUUCAGCUUCAGGGUCCAAAGUUCUAUCAGGUUAACGAUAUGUAUUUUGAGCUAGGGAUGUCCGUGUUCCUUUAUGGCUCGUUGCUUCGUGAGCAGGCUUUUGAAGUUCUAUCAUCAGAUCUAGUUCAAUCUGCCACUAUCUUUAGGAAAGCUGCUGGAAUAUAUAACUAUGCAGCUCAGGAACUUCGUACAAAUUUAUCUUGGACCCAAGAAAAACCGCCGGAAGCUAUACCUAGUGUGUCGUCUGUUAUGAGUCUCGUGUGCUUGGCAGACGCCCAGGCUGUCUCUGCUAGGAAGGCUCUAGAAAAUGGAAAUACAGGGGGCUUAUUGGCAAAAUUACAUUGCGGUGUGACAGACUUUUUGGUUGAAGCUAUUAAUAUCUUGCAAGGCGCAACCAAAGAAUGCAAGGAUAUUUCACCACGAUUUCUGGAUUUUUUGCUAUGUUGCAAGACAUUGCACGAGUUAACGAGUUACAAAUACCACGUGCAAGGUCUAAGAAACGAUGGUAAAAUUGGCACAGGAAUUGGAAUUCUUCGUUGGGCUCUAGCAAAAGCUAAGAAAAGCAUCCCAAAAGAAGAGUCUUGGAGAUCAGUGUACCAUCAAGUGAUUGAUGAUGAGUUGGACUUGUUACUCCAGAAAUACGAACAUGAGAAUGAGUUUGUCUGGCAUGAAAAAAUUCCUUACGAUGAUGAUGAGCUACCUCUGCCUCAAGCUGUGAGAAUUGUUAGUCCAAUUCCUUAUCAUCCCCAAAAAUGGGAGAGAGCACUCAAGUUUAAGUUGUAGGAGCAUGCAAAGUCUGUUAAGCAGUCGGCUUUUCUGCCAAGCUCUCAAAGGUUUGCCUAGAAGAUCGGUUUGAGUCCAGACUCACUCCAGUUGGCAGCAAAAGAACUCAACCCAAAAUCAAUCUUUGUUUGCUGUCAAAACUCAAAAGAGGUGAUUUUUGAACUCAGUUAUUUGGUGGUGGUGAUGUAAUUUUGUCCAUAGCUUCUUGCUUUCUUGCAGAGAGUGAGGAUAUUUUUGAAACUUUUGGAACAGGGUUAAGUAGUUGGAAGUUAGUAAUGCUGUAAAUGAAAGGAAUAAAAUCAGAUGCACUAUUAUUGGUGAAGCUUUAUUUGAUAAGGAGCUGAUACUUUGAUCUCUUAUU